GCCGCUGACUCACACGGAUCAAGUUAUUAAGGUGCGGUCCUCAGUUCUGUUCUUGUCUUCUCACUAAAUUAUCUUGAGUUAGGGAGCUGGACAGAGAGUUAGAGAGGAGAGACUUACAGAGAAACAGACAGACAGUCUUAGGGUGUGAGAGUUAGGGCGAGAGACGGUGAGAGUGAGAGAAACAGACAGAGAGCGAGAAAGUGUUUUUGAGAGAGAUAAGAGUGAGAAAGCGACUUACUGAGCGAGAGAAUAGGAAUUAUAAGAGUAGUGAGGCCAUGAUAGGAUGUCAUGAUAGACUAAGACGUGAAGAAAGAUCUGCACCGUCUGCCUGUUCAGACCCAGACAGAGGCCCAGCAGUCACACCCUGCAGCCUGAAGUAGAGAGGAGUGAGUGAGGGAGGUACUGUGUCUUGGCACACCAUCAACACACAGGACAUCCACAAACCAGAGAAAGAGAACAUGGAGACCCUCGUCAUCAAGAAGGAAGAGAAUACAGAAGAGAGUCAUCCUACAACUGGAAGCAAAGAUGUCACCACAUCCAUGAUAAACAUGUGGGAUCUGAACCUAAACCAGGAACAAGAGGACCCAACAACAACGCAUGAUAAGCCAGGGGAGAACACCCAGCCUCAGAACCAGGAACAAGAGGACCCAACAACAACGCAUGAUAAGCCAGGGGAGAACACCCAGCCUCAGAACCAGGAACAAGAGGACCCAACAACAACGCAUGAUAAGCCAGGGGAGAACACCCAGCCUCAGAACCAGGAACAAGAGGACCCAACAACAACGCACAAUAAGCCAGGGGAGAACACCCAGCCUCAGAACCAGGAACAAGAGGAUCCAAUAAGAAUGCACGAUAAGCCAGGGGAGAACACCCAGCCCCAGACAAUCUCUAGCGGGUUUACUGUCACCCCAGAAGAUGUGCUGUGUGACUCCUGCAUCGAGAUCCCGUGCCAGGCCCAGAAGUCCUGCCUCACCUGCCUGGUGUCGUACUGCGAGGCCCACCUCAGACCCCACCUGGAGAACCAGAGGUUCCAGAAUCACCGACUGGUGGAGCCCUUACAGGACAUCGAGUGUCGCACCUGUGAGGAGCACCGGCUGCCGCUUGAACUAUACUGCCUGACGGACGGCUGCGGUGUGUGUGUGUGCUGCGAGUGUGAGGGACAGGGGCAUCUGGGGCACAGUACUGUACCUGUAGAGGAGGCUCGAAGACAGAUCCAGACAGAGCUGCAGAAGAAACAAGGGGAGAUUAUGAAGACCGUCUCAGUGGCAGAGAAUGCCGUUGGCCAGCUACAGAGCAACACUGCAUCCAUAGAGAGCUCGGUGGCAGGGGUACGUGCUGUGAUGGAGCAGCAGUUCUACCUGCUGCAAGGGGCCGUGGAAGAGGCCCGGAGGAGGGCCACGGAGGUUCUGGAGGGGGAGCAGAGGCAGGCGCUCAGCCAGGCCGAGGGCAUCCAGGCCCACCUGGAGCAGAAGAGCCAAGAGCUGAAGAAGACCCUGGCCAGAGUGGAGAGACUCUUCAGGAACAAGAGGGACGUGGACUUCCUGCAGGAAUACUCAGAGUGGAAGACGGGGGCGGUGGAUGUCUGUCUGCCUGGGCUCUACGUCGGCCUCACAGAUCGCCUGGCCUCCUUCAGCUGCCUGCUCACUGAGUCCACCCAGGAACUGUGUGACCAGCUCAAGGCUACCUACAGAGACAAACUGAAGGACAUCUGCAGGACUGAGAAACUGGGCGUUACAACCAUGGUCCAUCCCAAGAUGUCAAGGUCUUUUUCACUGCCUGAGCCUGAGAUGCGAGACGACUUCCUCACGUAUGCCAGCAGUCUGACCUUUGACCCAGACACUGUCCACAAGUUCCUGAGACUAACCGAAGACGACAGGAAGGUGACCAACACCACGCCCUGGCAGCACAGCUACCCAGACAUGCCCGAACGCUUCGAGUACUGGCGCCAGGUGAUGACCUCAGAGAGCUUCUACCUGGGCCGACACUACUUUGAGGCAGAGCUGAGUGGGGAGGGGGUGCACGUGGGACUCACCUACAAGAGCAUCGACCGGAAAGGCGUGGAGAGAGGCAGCUGCAUCACAGGAAAUGACUUCUCGUGGAGCCUCGGAAGGGAGGGGCGGAGCUUUUCCACUUGGCAUGCUGAUAUGGAGGCGGUCGUGGAAGCCACAAGUGUGUUCACGAGGAUCGGCGUCUACAUCGACUUUGACUCAGGAUCAUUAGCUUUCUAUGGUGUGACUGACGUCGCUAUGACACUCCUCUACAGGUACAAGGCUGAGUUCAUGGAGCCCUUGUAUCCUACUGUCUGGCUCUCAAAGAAGGACAGUGUGGUGUUAUUGGUUGGUCCUAAGGACCCCCCACUAAUGAAGAGCUCAACUCUGCCUGCCACCCCCAUCACUCCCAUGGCAACAUCAGCUCCUGUCACUCCGGUGUCACGUUCCUGACCUAUUUCUGUUAGUUUUUGUAUGUGUUAGUUGGUCAGGACGUGAGUUUGGGUGGGCAGUCUAUGUUUUCUGUUUCUAUGUUUGUUUAAGGGUUGCCUGGUAUGGCUCUCAAUUAGAGGCAGGUGUUUGGCGUUUCCUCUAAUUGAGAGUCAUAUUAAGGUAGGUUGUUUCACAUUGUUUGUUUGUGGGUGGUUGUCUCCUGUGUUAGUGUUUGUUGCACCAUAUGGGACUGUUUCGUGCGUUCUUCGUUUCAUGUAGUCAUUUUUCCUGUUGUGCGUUCUUCGUGUUUUAUGUAAGUUCGUAUGUUCAGGUUUGUCUACAUUCGUUUUGUUAUUUUUGUUAAUUAUUCAAGUGUUUUCGUUUCGUGUUUUUCCCGUCUUGUUUAAUAAAAAUUAUGUCAUUUCACAACGCUGCGCCUUGGUUCAAUCCAUUCGGAUGAAGAGGAGGAGGAACACCUUUACAGAACCACCCAAAACACAAACAUUCCCCAUGUCACUCCCUGACCUAACUAAAAUAAUAAAGAAAACAAAGAAUACUAAGGCCAGGGCGUGACAUAACCCCCCCUUAAAACACCUGCCUCUAAUUGAGAGCCAUACCAGGCAACCCUUAAACAAACAUAGAAACAGAAAACAUAGACUGCCCACCCAAACUCACGUCCUGACCAACUAACACAUACAAAAACUAACAGAAAUAGGUCAGGAACGUGACAUCCGGAAUCAUAAUACUUUGACUGCAGCAGUGUAGUUAGGUUAGAGAGGCGGACCAGUACACAUUUCUGUUUCUCACAAAUACAAUAAAGUAUCUAUUCUAUUCAUAAGCAGUUGCCUUAAGUGACUGAUACUGUACUUAUUUAACAGGACACAGAAUCAAGUAUCACAAGACAACAGACAGGGACUUUACAGGGGGUGUCUGCACUCAUCCAGGACCUAUAUACUAGGCGGUGUCAGAGGAAGACCCCAAAAAUUCUCCAGACACCCAGCUCAUAGACUGUUCUCUCUACUACCGCACGGCAAGCGGUACCGGAGCGCCAACUCUAGGUCCAAAAGGCUCCUUAACAGCUUCUACCCCCAAGCUAUGAGACUGCUGAACAAUUAAUCAAAUUUCGACCCGGACUUUGUUUUUACACUGCUGCUACUCGCUGUUUAUUAUCUAUGUAAAAAAUUACCCUGACUAACCUGUACCCCCGCACAUUGACUCGGUACCGGUACCCCAAGUAUAUAGCCUUGUUAUUGUUAUGUCAUUUUAUUGUGUUACUUUUUACUUUAGUUUAUUUAGUAAACAUUUUCUUAACUCUAUUUAUUGAACUGCAUUGUUGGUUAAGGGCUUGUAGUAAGUAAGCAUUUCACGGUAAAGUCUACACCUGUUGUAUUCGGCGCAUGUGACAAAUACAAUUAGAUUUGAUAUAGAACAAAAUAUGACACUGAGGGACUGAGUAAUAACUUUUUAACUGCCCUUUUUAUUGGAACAGGUUAGCAAGUGACUGACUUGCUAACUGCUGUGAUUGGUCUUUCAUUGGCAAAAACAUACUAUGUUUAUUUGACAUUGUGCUGAGUACUAACUACCAAGAUGAGUUCAAGGGCUGCCUUUCAUUGUUGUGGCAAUGGUCAAUCCAAUGUAAAUCAUAUUAACAAUGUGACAAAGCUUUUGUAAAAAUCUUUUCAGAAUUGAUUUACAAAUACGAAUUGCUUGACUUUUUAAAAUACCUAAU